AUGGGCUGGAAGCGCCGCUGCUGCUGGGGAGGCGGAGGCGGCGGGGACCUUCUCUGCCGGCUCACCCUGCUGCUGGGGUUCCUGCUGCCCGCCUGCAGGACGCGCCUGUACACCAACCACUGGGCUGUGCGGAUAAUUGGAACACUGAAGGAUUACUACCACUUCUACCAUAGUAAAACAAUUAAAAGGUCAGUUCUCUCAAGUAGAGGUAUCCACAGCUUCAUUUCAAUGGAACCAAAGGUGGAGUGGAUACAACAGCAGGUGGUUAAAAGAAGGAUAAAGAGGGAUUAUAAACCUGGUGGUACCCAAUCCACUUAUUUCAAUGAUCCCAAGUGGCCAAGCAUGUGGUACAUGCACUGCAGUGAUAACACCCACCAUUGCCAAUCAGAUAUGAAUAUAGUAGGUGCUUGGAAGAGAGGUUACACUGGAAAAAACGUUGUGGUCACCAUCCUGGAUGAUGGCAUUGAAAGAAACCAUCCAGACUUGAUGCAGAAUUAUGAUUCGCAGGCCAGUUUUGAUGUCAAUGGAAAUGAUUUUGACCCUAUGCCUCGAUAUGAUGCCAGCAACGAGAACAAGCAUGGAACCCGUUGUGCUGGAGAAGUGGCAGCCACGGCAAACAACUCACACUGCACAGUAGGAAUCGCCUUUAAUGCCAAGAUUGGAGGUGUACGAAUGCUGGAUGGAGAUGUGACAGACAUGGUAGAAGCAAAGUCUUUAAGCCUUAAUCCCCAGCACAUCCACAUCUACAGUGCCAGCUGGGGGCCUGAUGACGACGGUAAGACUGUGGAUGGACCUGCUUCCCUAGCGCGUCAGGCCUUUGAGAACGGCAUCAGAAUGGGACGAAGAGGCUUAGGCUCAGUCUUUGUUUGGGCAUCUGGAAAUGGUGGAAGAAGUCGAGACCACUGCUCCUGUGAUGGCUAUACCAAUAGCAUCUACACUAUCUCCAUAAGCAGCACAGCUGAAAGUGGGAAGAAGCCGUGGUAUCUGGAAGAAUGUGCAUCCACACUGGCUACAACAUACAGCAGCGGAGAAUCCUAUGACAGAAAAAUAAUCACCACAGACCUGAGGCAGCGUUGCACAGACAGCCAUACUGGAACCUCAGCCUCUGCACCUAUGGCUGCAGGCAUCAUUGCGCUGGCACUGGAAGCAAACCCAUUUCUGACCUGGAGGGACAUACAGCAUAUUAUUGUCAGGACUUCACGUGCAGGACAUCUGAAUGCUAAUGACUGGAAAACCAAUGCAGCUGGUUAUAAGGUGAGCCAUCUCUAUGGAUUCGGACUGAUGGAUGCUGAAGCAAUGGUGAUAGAAGCAGAAAAGUGGACAACAGUCCCUCCACAGCACGUGUGUGUGGAGAACACGGAUCGGCAAAUCAAAACCAUUCGACCUGACAGCGUUGUCCGUUCGAUUUACAAAGCCACUGGCUGUUCAGAUAAUCCUAACCACCAUGUGAUCUACUUGGAGCAUGUCGUUGUGCGCAUCACUAUUACUCACCCUCGACGUGGAGACUUGGCAAUUUACCUAACCUCUCCUUCUGGAACUAGGUCACAGCUCUUGGCCAACAGGCUAUUUGAUCAUUCCAUGGAAGGAUUCAAAAACUGGGAGUUUAUGACUACUCACUGCUGGAGUGAAAAAGCAGCGGGUGACUGGAUCUUGGAAAUCUGUGACACUCCAUCUCAGCUGAGAAAUUUCAAGACUCCAGGCAAAUUGAAAGAGUGGUCUUUAGUCCUGUAUGGAACAUCCAUCCAGCCUUACUCACCAAGAAAUGAUUUUCCAAAAGUGGAAAGAGUCCGCUCUAGUCCAGUUGAAGAGCCUACAGAAGAUUAUGGAACAGAUGACUAUUCGGGUCCCUGCAAUGCAGAAUGCAGUAAAGUAGGGUGUGAUGGGCCAGGACCAGAUCAUUGUACUGACUGUCUGCACUACUACUACAAAUCGAAGAACAACACACGGAUCUGUGUUUCGACCUGCCCACCUGGUCACUACAAUGCAGACAAGAAACGCUGUAAAAAAUGCUCACCCAAUUGUGAAACCUGUGUUGGAGGCCAUAGUGACCAGUGCAUGACCUGUAAAUCUGGCUACUACCUGAAUGAAGUAACCAAUAGCUGUAUAACCAACUGCCCUGAUGGGUUUUACCUGGAUAAGAAUAAGAUUGUUUGCCGAAAAUGUAGUGAAAACUGUAAGACAUGUGUUGAAUUCCAAAUCUGCACAGAAUGCAAACAUGGCCUAAGUUUGCAUGGCACUAAAUGUGCUAUCCGCUGUGAAGAAGGAAAAUACCAUAAUGGUAGAGAAUGUGAACCAUGUCACCGUUCCUGUGCAACAUGUGCAGGUGCUGGAGUAGAUGCCUGCAUAAACUGCACACAGGGUUAUUUUAUGGAGGAUGGAAGAUGUGUACAGUCCUGUAGCAGUGGUUAUUACCUUGAUCACUCUACUGAAAGUGGAUACAAAAGCUGCAAAAGAUGCGAUGCCAGCUGUUUGGAUUGCAGUGGUCAAGGAGACAGAAACUGCACAAGCUGUCCAAGCGGCUAUAACCUAGACACUGGUGUCUGUGUAGUGGGAACAGUCUGCAAGGAUGGGGAAUAUCUCGAUGAUUCCCAAAAAUGUCAGCUGUGUGAAGCAUCCUGUCAGAAGUGCAUUGGACCUGAGCCAGAUAACUGCAUCAGCUGCCUGCCCACAAGAGUCUUUGAUGAUGGUUGCUGUGUUAUGCAAUGCCCCAGAGGAAAGUUUGAAUUCAAAGGACAAUGUCAUUUGUGCCAUCAUACCUGCCUGGACUGCAGCGGAAGUGAACCUAACAAAUGCACCGCUUGUGGAACAGACAGAAGAGGGCUCGAACGUUUCCUGUAUCACGGGGAGUGCAGAGAGAGCUGUCCUCCAGGUCACUACCACUCAGAGCACGCCUGUGCAGCUUGCUCUGGCCACUGCGAGGUGUGCCUGAACUCCAGCCACUGCAAAAGGUGUUUCAGAGGCUACUACCUUACUCAAAACAUAUGUCAGAAGCACAGCUGUAGAGAAGGUGAAGUGGAAGAUCUUGACUCUGAAGACUGCAUACCUUGUUCAGAGGGAUGCCAGAACUGCAAACUGGAUGACCCAAGAAUCUGUACAACAUGCAUUCAGAACUACUAUAUGUAUAAGCAGCAUUGCUAUAAAUACUGCCCAGAAAAUACCUAUAGAGAUGAAGCUUCUCUGCAGUGUAGAGAGUGCCCUAGCAACUGUGAUAGCUGUGACCAGAAUGAGUGUGACUCAUGUAAGGAAGGCUUUUAUCUCUCAGGUGGCAUGUGUGUGAGUGAGUGUGGAGAAGGCUUCUUCACUGAUGACAUCUCUAGAGAAUGUGAACCUUGCCAUAGGAGCUGUGCAACAUGUGUGGGGUACAGCUACAAGAACUGUACUGGAUGCAAAAACAGUUUCCAGCUAUCUUAUGGACAGUGCCUGAAUCCAAGAAAUUCUCCACCCUAUGGGAAGUUCUGGAGUGAUGCAGUAAAAAUAUUGCAGUCCUGUGAUCCUUCCUGCAGGACCUGUGAGAAAUCUGCUGACAUAUGUACUUCAUGUCCAGAAGGAAAAUUUCUUACCCAUCACACCUGUGUUACUCUGUGCCCUCAAAAAACUUUUGGCAAUGUUGCAAGUGGGAAGUGUGAGAUGUGCAUGGAUGGCUGUGAGGUGUGCUCCGACCACUGGGGAUAUUUUAAUGAUUCUGAGACUUGCAAGGAAUGCAGUGGACCCUGUAAGACAUGCAUAGGAAGUGCAAUCAAAUGCCUGUCCUGUCAAAGUCCUUUGCUUCUCGAGCACUGGGAAUGUAAAGCUACCUGUUCAGAGAAGCAUUUUGCCUCUGAAGGAAUCUGCAAACACUGCCCUGAAAUGUGUCAGGAAUGCAUUCACAAUCAAACAUGCAAAGAGUGCAUGGAUGAGUUCUUCCUGCACGAGGGGAAGUGCGUGCAGGACUGCCCUUCUCACUUCUAUGCUGAAGACAAGCACUGCUUUCCCUGCCACGUAGACUGCAAGGACUGUGACGGGCCGGACUCAGACGACUGCACUGAGUGUGCCAUCGACGACUUUGUCCUCUACAGUGGCACCUGUUUUGAAGAGUGCCCUGAAGGGACUUACUAUGAAGCAGCCACUGAAGACUGUCAAGCAUGCAAUAGGACAUGCCAGAGUUGUUCUUCUUCCACUGCCUGCCUCACUUGCAGAAAUGGCCUGAUGCUGAACGAUGAUGGGCACUGUGUGGCAUCUGGAUACUGCUCUCACACUGAGUACUACGUUGAGAAAACUCAGACCUGCCACCUUUGUCAUAAGGCAUGCUUCCAUUGCUCAGGACCCACUGAACACCAGUGUCUCAGCUGUGUGAAUAACCGCUAUCUUCUCAAUACAACAUGUGUUGAAACAUGCCCAGAUGGGUAUUAUGUUGACAGCAACGAGCAACAAUGUUCCCCAUGCCACAGCGCCUGUACCACUUGCACUGGAAAACACAGCUCGCAGUGCCUUUCCUGCAAACCGGGCUGGUACAGGCAAGGAAAAGGAUGCAUAAACCAGUGUCCAUCAGGGUAUUUUGCACAAAAUUCCACUGGAUCGUGUGAGAGAUGCCACAAGGGCUGUAAGGAGUGUAUGGGGCCUCUACCCACAGACUGCCUUUUCUGUGAUACGUAUUUCUACCUGUUGCGCUCCAAGAACAAAUGUGUUAGCUCUUGUCCCGAGUAUUACUACGAAAGCAAGGACAACAACGUCUGUGAAAGAUGCCACCCUUCCUGCCGAACUUGUGAAGGGAAGGGAGCGUUCAGCUGCACAUCUUGUGUAUGGAGCUACAGUUUACUGGGUGGAAUGUGCAACUCAGACUGCUUUGUAGGUGAAUACAAAGUCCAGGAGACACCAGGACAAGAGCCCACGUGUGAGAGAUGCGACAGCUCAUGCACGGAGUGCAAGGGACCUGGGCCUCUCAACUGCACGAUCUGCCCAGCCGGCGCGCAGCUCUACCUGGAGGAAAGCCGCUGCCUGCCCUGCUGCAGCGAGUCCGACCCGGCAGGCACCCCGGAGUGCUGUGACUGCAGCGAAACACAAGAUGACUGUGUAUUACGGACCACUCUACCACCCAAGAGCAAAAGCAAAACUACUUUCUUUGUUAUCACCUGCAUUUUGCUCCUCCUUGUCAUUGGAGCCAUUGUAUUCGUCUGGAGAAAGUCACGAGCCAAAACCCAGGCUGUCAAUAGAGGUGGGUAUGAGAAGCUGACAAAUCACUCCAAACCCUUUCCUUCCUACGUGAGCAACUACCAUGACAGUCCCAGUUACCAGGAAGAUCAAGUGAUUGAGUAUAGAGAUCAAGAUAAUGAAGACGAUGAUGAAGAUGACAUUGUAUAUAUGGGCCAGGAUGGCACAAUCUAUCGCAAAUUUAGAUACGGACUUUUGGAAGAUGACGAGGAAGAUGAGCUAGAAUACGAUGAUGAAAGUUAUUCAUUUAGAUAA